AUGGCAGCCCCCGAGAACACCUCCAAUGGGUUUCCGAACACGGAGGUCGCCGGCGACAUGUCCGUGGAGGCCCAGGACGUGCGCAUCCGCCAGUACGAGCGCCUCUGCGAGAACUUGAAGAUCCAGCGGCGCCAGUACGACUCCCUCAAGGAGGUGCACCAGGAACUCCUCUGGAGCAAGGCCGUGCUUGCGCAUGACGCUGGGCUCGCCGUGGGGCUGCCCGCGGUCGACGAGUCGCUCGUCGAGGAGGCCCACCGCGUCGGCGACGUGGCGACGGGCGCGAAGCUCGGCUCGGGCGCGUGCAGCGGCGUGUUCGAGGGCACCUGGCCCGACGGGCGCCCGUGCGCCGUCAAGCGCAUCUCGAAGCGGGACGCGAAGACGCGCCAGGAGGUGCGCAACGUCGCGUCGGAGCUCGAGGCGCUGCGGCUCCUGAGCGGCGCGCCGCACGCGCUCGAGCUCCAGGCGGCACUCGCGUCGCGCGACUACCUCUACUUCGUCGUGGAGCGCUUCGGCGAGGAGCUCUACGCGCUGCUGAAGCGCGACGAGACCGCGCUCACGUCGGCGCAGCAGGCGGGCGUCGUCCACGGCGUCGCCGCGGGGCUACCAUUUAAAUGA